AUGUGUAUAAAUUUAAAAACAACCAUAAUCUCUUUGCAAGAAACCAUUAACUCGCAUGAGCAACACCAGUUACGUAAUGAGUUGGAAAUAGUCGGCAUUCCAGAAAACAGCAACGAAAAUUUAAUGCACAUACUAUUAACUACCUCUAAAAAAUUAGGAGUCGAGCUACAAGACACCGAUAUCGACCAGGUAAUCAGAGUUGGGUUGAGGCAAUCUGCACCAUCAUCCUCUUCCACAACAAGACCAGUGGUCGCGAAAUUCACCCACAAAAAUAAAAGAGAUGAACUGCUUGCCGCCGCAGGUACAAGACGUGGGCUAACAUCCAAAGACAUCAUCAGUGGAACGUCAUCUACGCUGUACUUUAAUGAACGACUGACCAAAACAAAUAGGCAGCUUUUCGGUGAAGCGAGAAGGUUCGCAAAAGAACAUAUUUAUAAAUUUUGCUGGGUUCGAAAUGGUAAUAUCCUUAUACGAAAAGCUCCAAAUGGCGAUGGUAAAAAAAAUCCAGUCUAUACCAUACGAUCAAAGGAUGACUUGGAUAGACUUUUUCGCGCAUCUACUACUUGCCCGGAAAUCACCAACGCGACUGCUGACCAUGUCUAAUCAUAUUAUAAUUUAUCAAAACAUUAUAUAUACUAUUGGAAUAUCUCACGCUUUCAAAAAUGUUAUGCUGUACAUUCGAACUCUCUUCAAAACACUCGUAAUAUAUACAUAUAACGUGGCCGAAUUUAAAUUUACCUAUAACGUCACACAUAAUUCAUUUAGUCAACAUGACUUCCUUAGAAGUAAUAAAUGACAUUGACAAUUCUUUUAACAUAAAGUGCCACAAAAUCGAUAAAGCUGAAGA